UGCUAACGGUGCAUCUAUAGCUGCUAACGGUGUAGCUAUAGCUGCUAACGGUGUAGCUAUAGCUGCUAACGGUGUAGCUAUAACUGCUAACACUGCAUCUAUAGCUGCUCCGUUAGCAGCUAUACCGUUAGCAGCUACGGCUGCUAACGGUAUACAGACUAAAAUUAAUUUUUCAUGUGAAUUUAUAUAUACAAACUUUUUUUGAAUCAGUUUUGCAUCAAAUAAAUUUGAAUCUUAAAUAUAGAAAAAAGUUUUCCUGUAGAAAGUUCUAAAGUAAAUCCAUCCGUCCUUCAUCCUGAUCAUCUGAUUAUCAGUAUUACAGGUCAAAGAUCAAUAUCGGUAUAUUUCACGUGUGAUUUCUUGUCUGUCUCAUUCAUGACGUCAUUCUGAACAGAACCUCAUUUAUCGAUACAUAGUUAUUGAUUUAUGAUUCCAGACUGGGGAUUCCUGUCUCAGGUCUUUGGAUCUCAGUUCAGGUUCUGGUUCUGGUUCCGAUGAGUCCCGGACUUUGAAAGCUGUUUAACUGGCGGAUUGUCUGGGAUUGGUGAUACCGAACCUGUCAGAACCCGCCGGGUUCUUCACGACUCCAUCAGAACCGUUCAUCCUGAGGAGCUGCAGCCCGCCCCUCCCUCUGACCCUUCAUCACCUCCUCCUCUUCCUCCUCUCAGGCUGCGUCCUCCAGAACAUCAGCCGGAUCGCAGCAGAACCUCCGCUGCUCUCUGAGAGCGUCUCGGUUCUGUUUGUCCGGAACCAGCGCAUCUGAAAGUCUCCGGAGGAGGAGGCGCUCAGCCCGGUUCUGCUCCGGUUCUGCCCUGGUUCUCCUCCAGGCAUCAUCUCCAGUCGUGACGCUUCUCUUUCGGAUUCCGCAGCGGAACCGAACCGCGUCCGGUUCUCCGUCGGUUCUAGUAGGUUCGUUUUGGAAUUGGACCGGGUUGUGGACAGCAGGGGGACCAUGACCGCCACCAAGGAGCAGCAGAACCAGAGACCGAACCAGCCGCAGCAGGAUGAGGACCUGGGCGCGGUCAGCCCUCCUCAGAGGAACUGGAAAGGCAUCGCCAUCGCUCUACUGGUCAUACUGGUGGUCUGCUCCCUCAUCACCAUGUCCGUCAUCCUGCUCAGCCCAGUCGAUAGCCAAGCCGGCAGCGACACCAAGCUGACCGUGGAGGAUCUGUUCAGACCAGAGUUCAGUGUGCAUGACCCGGAGGCCCGAUGGAUCAACGAUUCUGAAGUCAUCUACAGGAACAGCAACGGCCAUGUCAUCAAGUUCAACCUUCUCACCAAUGAGACUGAGAUCAUCCUGCCAAACACAACAUUUGUGAAUUUCAACGUGGCAAAGUUUUCUUUGUCUCCAGAUAUGAAGUACGUUCUGUUCGCCUACGAAGUGAAGCAGGUUUACCGUCACUCCUUCAUGGCGUCCUACAGCAUCUACAACAUCCACACACGGGAGGUGUGGGAGCUGGACCCUCCGGAGGUGGUGAACUCGGUGCUGCAGUACGCUGCGUGGGGCGUCUCUGGACAGCAGCUGAUCUACAUAUUUGAAAACAACAUCUACUACAGAUCUCACGUGAAGAGCAACUCUCUGCGGCUCACGUCUUCAGGAAAGGAAGGAGUCAUCUUCAACGGAAUCGCCGACUGGCUCUAUGAAGAGGAGAUCCUGGAGAGCCAUGUGGCCCACUGGUGGUCUCCAGACGGGGAGCGGCUGGCCUUCCUGGUGCUCAACGACUCUCUGGUCCCCAACAUGGUUCUGCCGCGCUUCACUGGCGCCACAUACCCCAAACAGAAGCAGUACCCCUACCCCAAGGCGGGCCAGCCCAACCCGGCCGUCAAGCUGUUCGUGGUCAACAUCUACGGGCCGACCCACACGCUGGAGCUGAUGCCACCGGAGGCGCUCAGGCUGCGGGAGCAUUAUGUGAGCACAGUGAAGUGGAUCAGUAAGACCCGGACGGCGGUGCGCUGGCUGAACCGGGCCCAGAACGUCUCCAUCCUGACGGUGUGUGACACCACCACCGGAGCCUGCGUCACGAGACAUGAGGAAAGCUCGGAGCUGUGGCUGUCUAAGCAGAACCAGCAGCCUGUGUUCUCCAGGGACGGGUCCCGGUUCUUUCUGACCGUCCCAGUGAAGCAGGGCGGACGGGGCGAGUUCCACCACAUUGCCAUGUUCACCACGCAGUUCAGGGCGGAUCAGAACGAGGUCCGACACCUGACCUCUGGGAACUGGGAGGUGACCCGGAUCCUGGCCUACGACGAGCCCAACCAGAACCUUUACUUCCUGAGUACUGAAGGGUCGCCACGGCAACGGCAGCUCUACAGCGUUAAAACGGUGGGUCUGUUUCCACGGCGAUGCCUGACCUGUGACCUUCACAGAACCAACUGCCUCUACUUCAGCGCUGAUCUCAGCCCGUCCAACCAGAAUCUGCUGCUGCACUGCCAAGGUCCUGAAGUUCCCACUGUGAUCCUCCACAGCCUCAAUAACUCCAAUUACUAUAUCCUGGAGAACAACUCAGCGCUGAAGGCAGUUCUGAAGUACAAACGGAUCCAGAAAAAGGAGUACCAAACCGUCCGGGUCGAGCCUUUUGAUUUCCCUCUGCAGAUGUGUUUCCCUCCAGACUUCUCUCCGUUGCGUCAGUACGGCCUGCUGCUGGUCAUUGACAGCGCCCCCGGUGGCCAGGCGGUGAGCGAGCGCUUCUCCCUGGGCUGGGACUCAGUGCUGGUCAGCUCGGACGGCGUCAUCGUGGCCCGGCUGGACGGCCGGGGCAGCGGCUUCCAGGGCCAGCGGAUCCUGCAUGAGGUGCACCAGAGGCUGGGCACGGUGGACGUCCUGGACCAGAUCGCGGCGCUGGAGUUCAUGAUGAAGUUCUCCUACAUCGAUCGCUCGCGCAUCGCCGUGUUUGGACAGGGCUACGGCGGCUACCUGGCGCUGAUGAUGCUGAAGUCGACAGACAGCCUGGUGAAAUGCGCCGCCGCCAUGUCGCCCGUCACCGACUGGAGGCUCUACGCGUCGGCGUUCUCAGAGCGCUACCUGGGCCUGCCGGUACGGGACGACAGCAGAUACCAGGUGUCCAGCCUGCUGCAGAGCGUCCAGGCGCUCCGAGAGCAGACGCUGCUGCUGCUGCACGCCACGGCAGACGCAAACAUUCACUUCCAGCAUUCAGCUGAGCUGGUCAAGAGCCUGGUGAAGGCCGGAGCCAACUACUCCAUGCAGAUCUACCCUGAUGAAGGUCACUUCCUGUCGGCGCCGAGUCGCCAGCACUUGUUCUCGGCGCUGAGCGGUUUCUACAGGGAGUGUCUGAAGGAGGAGCUGCUGCCGCUGCCCGACGAAGACGAGGAAGAGGAGGAGUGACAGCUGCCGGUUCUCCGCUUGGACUCAGCCGCCGGAGCUGCUUCGGCCCGAACGAGCUCUUUGUUGUGUGAAUGUAUAAAUAUGUGGACAUGAAGGACAGCGGGACGCCGCGGGGACAGCAGGGGGCGUCCUCGCCUCUAGCAUAAACUUCUUCUUCUUCUGGAUCGCUCACGAUCCCAGCUAAGCACACGGAGAACUUCCUACGUUUGUUCCAGGUUCUUCAGACUGCAGCCCUCCACACCAAACACGUGCACCACCGCCGCACUGGUCUCCAUGGAGACAGUGACACCGCCAUCACCGCACGACAAGAUGGAGCUCCACCUGACGCCAACACCGUAAACCGAUGGGAGCAGCGCACUGAUGAAGAAACAACGCCCUGUUAGCCUCCAGUUAGCAUCAGAUUUCACAUCCUGUUAGCAUCAGCUGUUAGCCUCCAGUUAACCUCCUAUUAGCUUCAGCCCUUAAAGGGACAGUCCUCCUGACAAACUGGGUUUCUGAGCUGUGACCUUCUGCUGACCUUGGAUGUCUGGGAUGAAGAAGCGAAGCUUCAUCUGCAGGUUCUGCUGCAGAACCAGAACCAAAACCAGAACUUUCUCAUUCUGGACCCAUCAGUUGUUGACAUCAGAACUUCAGCCUCGAGAGUUUUCAGACAACCGGCCGAUCUGACCUUUAACCUUCAUUAUUGUAAUAAUCAUUCCACAGUCCGUUUCCUGCAGUGAAGCAGCGAAUCAGAACUGAGUCAGUAGUUACAGUCCAGUUCCAGAACCAAAGGUCCAGUUUGGUUGUGCAGCCGACAGAAACCAGCAGAGAGUUCUGUCAGAAAACACACCAGACUAAAUAAUAAUAUUAAUAAUAAUAAUCAGUGGUGGGCUGUGCUAGCUACAAAGCUAGCUGCGCUAACUCUAACGCACAAAUCAUAGCCAAUGUUUCUGCUAACGCUAAAGUGCUAACUUCAAUUGAAAUUAUAUUAUCCUUUAAAACACCAAAACCUUCCAAUUUAAUUUGGGCAUAAUUUAAAUGUUCUGUUAUUGAUAUUGUAUUUGUUUCUAGUUUUGUCCAUUUUAUUUGUUUCUGUAUGUUUCUUGGUUUUUUUGUUACAAAACAUGACAGGAAGCGGAACUGGCGUCACCUACUUCAAAAUAAGAGCAUGAAUGUAAAUGUCUAAACUUGAUAAAUUAUUAUAAUAAUCAAAACAUCAACACAGAUGUUGAACUUCAACAAAAAGUUUCUAAAACAGACAGAAAAAUGUAUCUUAAAAAAGUUAAGUGCACAAAUGCUAAAUAGAAAGUUAGCUCGACUGUUAGCCGAUUAGCUCCAUUUUGUCAUAGAUAGUAAAAUGUAAUUAUCUACCAAUAUAUUGGAAUUAGACAGCAGAGAAAACAAUAAAAAAUAAAACUAAGAUUUUGAUUUUUCUAAAAUCAUCAUGUAAGUUCCACCUUUUUGAGUUUUCUAUCAUGUAAUAAACACCUGGAGUGUUUCCUUGAUCGCAGGCUUGCUGCUCGAGAACUGGACCAGUUAAAGUAACGGAUAAUGUGGAAGGACAGCAGCGAGGUUUAAAUCUGGUCUAAUUAAACCUCCAGACUGACCCAGUUCCAUCACAGCCCAGCCAGCCGUCAGCUUCACUGAGCAAGCACACGGCGACAGUGGAGACGAACAGUUUGGACAGGAGGCCUCCAGCUGCCUGGCUCUGCUUUAAUGUAGGUGUCAUGGGACUGACAGCCAAUCACACACCAGCUCCUGAACACCUGAGCAGACAUGAACCAAGCUGCUGCUGCUGCUGCUGCAAGGUCAAAGGUCACGUCCAAACAAAUCUGAAAGGAGCAUCAGUUUAUCACUUCCACCAACAACUCUUUGUAUAUUUGUAAUAAAAAAUAAAAGGUCAAGUAUGGGGCAACAUUUGGGCCAAAAUUAAGACAACAGCCCACCCAGCUGUAGCUACUUCCUGUAACGAUUAGCAUGUCUAGGCUAGUCACUUGCUGAGUUAAAUUUUUUUUUGUUUCAGAGAAAACUUUAUUAAAAAAAUGGGUUGACAUUCUUUUAAUUUUGGCCCUGAUGGCGCUCCGUAUGCUGGAAGACGUCAGGUCCAGCUGCUGGAUCAGAACCAGCAGCUGGACCCAAGAGCUGGGUCAGAACCGGCUUAAUUUUUAGUUUAGCGCUUUAGCUAACUUUGAAAACGUUUAGCACACUUGGCUUCCUCUAAAUGUAAUUUUUCUGGAUAAAUUAUAAGGCGCUAAUUUACUUUGUGGUUUUUGUAAUAAAGUUGAAGGUCCAGCUGCUGAUUCUGACCCCGCUGCUGGUUCUGGUCCAGCUCGCCGCGACACACAGCCCAGAUUAAUCGGAUUUUCUCUUUAAUCUGCACCUACUCAGGCUCUCCAGAGGUGGCGCUGCAGUCUGUGUUAUUCCGAUAUGGAUGGCAGGUUCGGAUGAAUCUGGUGUGGAGCCGUUUGGGUUCUGGGCGGUUCUGGACGGUCCGGACCGCCAGUAGAAGCAGGUUGUGGUGUCUUCAAACUAAUCUGGAUCACUCCAUGGACUUCCGGCAGCAGUUCCGGUGUUUGCAUGUCCCUCGCGGGGAGCCGUAGUUUUGUACAGCGGAGUCCAGAGAACAGAAAUCUAUUUUCAGAUUCCCAGAGAUUCAGUCCGUGAUUCUCCUGGAUUCUUGUAUAUUUCUUAUUGUUUCCUUUGGGCGGUUGGUUGAUUUUCCUCCUAGGACGGAUUUUGUAAUUUUGCUUGUUCCGGUUCUUUUUGCUGUACUGGGUCGGGUUGGGUCGGGAUUAUUGUGAUUGUCCUCUGGUGAUGAUUAUAAAUGAAUAAAAAAUGUAAAACUUUG